GUUAGCACAUAUCCAUUUUUGAUCAACCAAAAAUAAGCUAAGAUAAACAAAACCAUAUAAAUCAAUUCUUGAGACCCAUAAUCUAUUUCUCAUCAAAUCCCUCGGUUUUCAUCAUCAAUUCCUAUUGUUCCAUUACAUUCUCAUGGAAGCUGGUACAACUAUUAUGCAGCAAGUACAAGUCAGUGAAGCAGUGUUGGAAAAACAUGUAUACUCUGUUUGGGCUCUGCCACGUGAAGAUGUAAGAGUGAGGGUCAAGAAGUUGAUGGAUGGUCUCCGAUCAGAGUUUGGUGGGCCCCAGUUUGAACCUCACGUGACAGUCAUCGGAGCAAUAAGGUUGACUGAGGCUGAGGCACGUGACAGGUUUAAGAAAGCUUGUGAGACGGUUAAGUCUUAUAGUGCUACAGUUGAGAAAGUUGAUACUGGCACUUUUUAUUAUCAGUGUGUUUAUCUUUUGCUUCAUCCAAAUGCUGAGGUUGUGGAGGCAAGUGCUCACUGCUGCAGUCACUUUGGUUACAAUCGAUCAGACGCAUAUAUGCCACAUUUGAGCCUUCUUUAUGGGGAUUUAACCGAUGAAGAAAAGAAGAAAGCUCAAGACAAGGCUUAUAUGCUUGACGAGGGCAUUUGCAGCUUGAGCUUCCCGAUAUCUCAUCUUGCAUUGUGUAAAACAGACACUGAAGACAAAAGCUGCAAAUCAUGGGAGACAGUCGAGGAGUGCGCUCUUCAGCCCUAACUCUUAUGCUGAAGCUAAUAACAUGUCCCUGAGCCAAAUUUCAUCUUGUUUGCUUUUACCUUACACCUUGAACUGCAGCUGCAAAGGCUGAACUUUGCAAGACUUGUACUACUCUUUUCAUGUGCCAUAAAUAAAAACUUACUUUGGAC